CACUGCCUCAGCGCUGAGCCUCUGUACAAAGUAAACAGCUACUCUGUUUUUAUAGCUUAUGUCAAGGUCCCACUGCAUGUCCUGUACAUGCUGUACAAGCUGCUACUUCAGCUGCAGCAUACGUGUUAACGGGAACCUGAGGUUGUGGAGACAUGGUGGGAUACGACCCCGGCGCUCAGGGUGCGGCUCUCUCCCCAGAGGAAGCAGCUCUGGCUGGGUCAGCCGCUGGGAUGGUCACCCGAGCCCUCGUCAGCCCGUUUGACGUCCUUAAAAUCAGAUUUCAGCUGCAGAUUGAGCGAGUAUCUUCACAGAGGCCGGAGGGGAAGUACUGGGGAUUGUUUCAGGCAACUCGCCGCAUUCAUUCAGAGGAGGGGCUCUCUGCUUUCUGGAAGGGCCACAUCCCGGCACAGCUCCUCUCCAUCUGCUAUGGGGCGGUCCAGUUUGCCAGUUUUGAGUUUCUGACUGAGGUGGUUCAUAAGUCGACACCGUAUGACAGCCAGACGGCUGGAGUUCACUUUGUAUGUGGCGGCUUGGCUGCUUGCUCUGCUACAGUGUUCUGCCAGCCUCUGGACACACUACGGACGCGCUUUGCAGCUCAGGGAGAACCCAAGGUGUACAGGAACCUGCGACAGGCUGUGUUUACAAUGUGCCGCUCAGAGGGAGUCCUGACUUUUUACCGUGGCCUGUCUCCAACACUCAUGGCGGUGUUUCCUUACGCUGGGCUUCAGUUCUUCUUCUACAACGUCUUUAAAAAGCUGUUGGCUCCACCGCCUAAAACUGGAAACUCUGGAGGAAACCUGAGAAGCCUGGUCUGUGGCAGUGGAGCGGGAAUGAUCAGCAAAACAAUCACAUACCCCUUUGACCUCUUCAAGAAGAGGCUGCAGGUCGGGGGCUUCGAGGCAGCUAGAGCUCAGUUUGGACAGGUGCGGAGUUACAAAGGCUUGGUGGACUGCAUGGUUCAAAUAGCCAAAGAGGAGGGCGUCCGAGGCUUCUUUAAAGGCCUCUCACCCAGCCUUGUGAAGGCUGCGCUGUCAACAGGCUUCACCUUUUUUUGGUAUGAAUUUUUCCUCAAUGUCAUGCAUAAUCUGAAGGAGAAACAGAGAACAAAAGACCUCACCAAAGAUCUAGAGGAAAGAUAAAGAAGGGAGAAAAAGAAUCACUGUAUAAUCACGCACAUCAGGAAUACACUUGCGCCUUUUUCUAUGCACUUAACAAAUAUAAAAACUGGGUCGAUGGUUUUAUUGUGUCACCUUCCUUGUUUUUGGGCUGUCUUUACAUCUUGUGUUGUACAAGCAUUCAUUGUUUUUUUAAGAUAUAUUUAAUAUUUUAUCCUGGUUUUUUAAGGUUUGUGCUUUAAAUAUACAGUAAAUGCUAUAAUAGGUUUUGUUCAUGCUGAACUUUGCACAUUUUAAGCUCUGACUUUGCCAUCGAUGACUCAAGCUCUCCUUUCCAAAUUUAACGGUGUUCAGUCGUUCAAUUUGGAGAAGAGUGUUCAGCAAAUUACUGUAUGAUUUGGGGUUGUGUGUUGGUGUCAUGCAAUUUUAAAACAUGAAUAUUUAACACUAUAUUAUGUGUUGUGGUAGACAAAGCAGUAUUCUCUGGAGUACAGGCCAAAUGCACUGCUAAUUAAUAAAGAGUUAAACUCUUAGAAGCGAUCGUGUUCGUGCUGACAUGUCUGUCCAACAAUGUAACCUUCAGGUCAUUAUUUUUAAAAUAAAAGUUUUAAGUUUUUUUUUAAA